AACAAAAAAGUGCCAAUAAAAAAUCUCACCACCUCACAUAUAUAUUUAAUAUACACCAAAACCAAAACCAAAACCAACACCAAAACCAAAACCAAAACCAAAAGUAUUCUUUAUGUAAGAUAGAGAAAAAAAAAGGAACAAAUAUCUUCUAAAGAUCAAUACCAAUCUUCUUCUUCAUCACUCAUCGGCCGGAAUUUAAAUUUUCCGGUGACCCAGAUAAUUUUCCGGCGAGAUGGACCCACAGCUAAUUUCUAUUAGUGGUAGCAACAACAACAAUAAUAAUACUAGUACUAGUACUAGUAAUGAUAACAAUUAUGAAAAUAAUUGUGUUGAAGAAAAUAAUGGGUUACAAUGGACCAACGAAAAACAUUCAAAUUUCUUGAGAUUAAUGGAAGCAUCUUUUGUACGGAAUUUAAUGGAGAGAAGCAGCAACAAUAUUACCAAAGUUACUCAUCAUGUAACUUCCAGACUUGACCGUUUUGUCCCUGAUAUUUCUGAGUCCACCCUUGAUUUACAUAAAUCAUCAGAUCGAGUGAGCAGAACUUGUAACAGGCAAAAGGGAAGAGGCAUUAUUCGUCCUUACAAAAUGUCACAUGAUCAGGUUGUCCCACAUCUAAAGGAUAAAGUAGGCGACAAGGGUCAGUAAGACCAUAACAAGUGAUGUGAAGUGCAGCCUACCGGGCUACCGGCGUAUUGCUGCUUCUAUAAACCAACCCCGUAUAUCUGGCGAUGACUGAAAUAUGUUUUGGUAGAAGUAGUAGCAAUUAGCAUCGUCGUACACCACUAAUACUUAGAGCAUUCUGUUGAUCUUUCAUUAACUCACUUCCUUGGUAGUAUAAGUAUUUCAGUUGACCACUGCUUUGUCAAGCUUCACUUCCAUUUUAAAGGAAAAGGAAUACAAGUAACAGUUGAUGAAUCCAUCAACACAUAACUUCUCUUAAGUGAACCGGGGUUUUAAAAUCUUCAAGACGGUCCUGAUUUAUGUCAAGUGUUUAAGCCAUUAACCAAUAAUCGAUUCGUGAAUUAUUAUUGAUUGUCUUCAA